AUGACUGAAAAAUCAAAUCCGACUGAUCCAAAGCUUACAUCUAAAAUUUUACCAGAAAAUAUAAUAACGCCUCAAAUUAUUGAACAACACUGUAAACUUCAUGCAUGUCAACCAAAUCAUUUACCAUGGUUUACUCCUGCUUGUAAUGAAAGAGUUAAAUGUACAUGUGGGAUUGGUGCAAGGAUAAAAACUCGUUGUAAACCUGUUACACGAUGUUAA